AUGUCACAGUUCAUUCAAGCAACAAAUGGACGUGGCGUUGUCGCUCACAGAAGAUCCGAUGCUGAAAUAAAUUUCUACUUACAACUUCUAUCCUCUAAUCAUUCAUUGACUGCGCAGGCUUCUGCCGUGGAGUAUUUUCGACAUCUACUUAUUCAAGAUCAUGUGCCACCUACAUUCAUCGCUGAUACAUUAUACGAUUUCACCUCGAACGGUGGCUUGGAAGAACUAAUUGCAUGUGCUUCUGAAAAUGAUGGCGAAAUCCGAGAUCAAGUAUUUUGGACUCUUGGAAACAUCGCUCUUGACUGUUCACUUUGUCGAACAAAAGUACGUGAAACUAUAGCACUACCGUUAAUGAUCGAAAUGCUAGUCAGUCCCGCGUUUAUAGAUUCAAAGUGGAAACACAAUCUUGUCUGGGCUUUAUCACAAAUUGUGCGUGGUGGUAUUCAUACACUUGAUAUAGUGUUCGUGCAAUCAGCCUUGAGAGGCCUGUGCUCAGUGCUACAUUUAGGUGAUUCAAAAUUGAAAAUUGAUGCAGUUUGGGCAAUAGCGUAUAUAGCUGAUGAUGCUGUUGGUGGUAUUCAGAUUGAUGCAGUUCUUCAUACCCCACAAUUGCUGCACCAAUUAUUAGAGCUUGUAGAAUGCAAAGAAACCAGACGUCCUGCACUACGAGCUCUCGGAAGUCUUGUCGCGGGAGGUGACGAUCAAACACAAAUAGUUCUCGAUGCUGGCUUAUUGCCACGUGUCAUCAAAGUAUUCCGAAAUAAUAUUGCAAUUGGCCAAAAACGGGAAAUAGUGUGGAUUUUGAGUAAUAUUGCUGCGGGGUCAAGCGAGCAAAUCGAUAUGCUUUUUGAUACGGAUGGCAUUGUUGAACUGCUCAUGAACACAUUUGAUUGUGAUGACUGUCGCAUUCGUAAGGAGGUUGGCUGGACGGUAGCAAAUGCUCUGACUGGAGCAAAUAUAGACCGCUCUCGUUGGCUCUGCAGCAGUAACAUACUACACAUCGUACCGGAGCUUCUUAAUUUGCGAAAUGAACGCAAUUUAAUUGAACGUACACUGUUUGCUCUUGAAGUUCUGGUCGAGAAAAGAAUUACUCACAUACCUGUUCUGCAGUAUUAUAAAAUAUUGCAGAAAGUACGCGAAAUCGCUGAAAGCAGUCCAUUCGACACUAUUAUCAAGAUUCGAGCAGAGCGCAUAUUAUAUAAAGAGAAUGUCUACAAAAAGCAUAUUAUUCCUGCCAACACAUAUUCAUUGAAUGUAGCUUUUGUAACAUUUCAAUUCAGUGAACAAAUAUCAGUGCUUCCUUCUUCAUUUGUGAAGGAAUUUGGCUUCGAGACGGCAGCUGAUUUUGUUCCUAGUGCCUGA